AGACACCAAUUGACUAAUGUACUUUCAGCUGGGGAUGAUGACCCUGAGACUCGUCGUGCUGAGAUGUCAUGUGGCCAUGCAGUGACUCCACAGUCACUGACUGCAUGGUGUCGUAGUCUGCUCGACCAGGGUCAGCACAAGUUCCUGUGUCCUGCACUUAAAGAAGGCACACUACAAAGAUGCAAUGCAGAAUGGCCCUAUGCAGAAGUGCGGAGGUUGGCUGUACUGACUCAAGAGGAGCAGAGCCAUUUUGAAGAGACGAUGGCUGUCCUUGCUGCAGCUGAGUACUGCGAACACAAAACAUGUCCUGGAUGUCAGACAUUUGUUGAGAGAGCUGACAUUACCAACCUCUGUGUCAUGUGCACGAUCUGCACGGCUGAGAAGGGUCGCACGUUUCAAUUCUGCUGGCAGUGUAUGAAGGAGUGGAAAGGCCCAGGCCCUCGAUCUGACCGCUGUGACAACCCUGACUGCACCAAUCCCGACAUUGAAAAGUUGGCAAAAUGUCGUUAUAUAACACUACCUGAAGUCAAUAGUGUGAGCUGUCCCUCAAUGCGAGCUUGCCCCACUUGUGGCAACCUUGUGGAGCAUGACACAACAGGGUGUAAGAAUGUCAUA